CCGGCUUCUGUUCAGUUCCUCUCCGGACCUAAAUAUACGCUACACACGAAGCAGGCAUGGCGUCCUUCAGCCAUAGCUGUUUGUAACUGACAUUUGUCCGUUUGCUUUGUUGUAUCUAUUGUAGGCUUUUUUUUCUGUUUCUUAUGUGGCUGUAGGAACAGUCGUGACAAUGGCGAGCAGGACCGUGUGUCGAGCUUUGCAGCGCCGCUUUGCAUCCCCUGCAGCAGCUCAGCGUCCGUCUCUGGCUGAGGUACGCGGUCAGCGUAAUGCCGUCUUCUCCAGAGAGCAGGCCAGGCAGAGAGCUCUGUACCCCCGCAUCGAAAAGAUAGAGGUGUCCCUUCAGGGCCCCGGAUUGGACGGUACGCUGCUCGUCAUGAACAGAGGAAUGUCCACGCCGUUGAGCUGCGCCAGACAUCUGACGGAGCAUCACGUGACAAACUCGGCUCUGGCCCUCAUGGACGGGCAGCCGUGGCCUCUCCACCAGCCCCUCACCCACUCCUGCUCUCUCACUCUGCUCACAUUUAAAGACGGCAACCCCACGCUGGUGAACGAGGCGUACUGGCGUUCCUGCGCGGCCCUGCUGGGUCAGGUGCUGGAGACGGCGUUCAAGGAUGACUACACUGUGCAGCUGCUCAGCACUCCUGAAGUGCCAGUCCUUUCUGGAGCCUUCUGCUGCGAUGUGGUGUUCGACCCCCAGCUGGACUCAUGGACUCCCUCUGAGGAGUCAUUACGCUCUUUGACCAGAGGGGCCCAGCAGCUCAUCCACCAAGACCUGGCCUGGGAGCCUCUGGAAGUGGCGCCCUCUGUGGCACUGGAGGCUUUCUCACACAGCAGGUGUAAACAGGAAGAGGUGGAACAGAAAGCAUCUCAAAGUCCCAAAGGCACAGUGAUGCUCUACAGAUGCGGUGACCAUGUGCUGCUGAGUGGGGGCCCCCUGGUGGCCAGAACGGGCCUGUGUUCCCAGUAUGAGGUGACAGCCAUCCACAGCCUGGGGCAGGGAUCCUGGGGCCUCCAUCGUCGAGCGCAGGGCCUCUCCCUGCCUCUGCAGCUUCAGGCUCAUCACACAGUCUGGAGGAAACUGAGGCAGCGGGCAGAGAAACUGGUCGACGUGCCCGGGUCCUGAAGUAGAAGCUCUAACCCACUCCUCCCAACUCAGCCUCCAGCCAGCCUCUAACCACCUUCCACGAACACACUUUAACGUGCAUCUGAUCGGAUCACUUGUUCAAUAAAUGUAUAAAAAUG